AUGAACACAGGGUCUGAUUCUCAGUCUCUAGAUUCAGCAAAAGGUUUUAGGAGCGUGCGGCCAAAUCUACAGGAUAACAAAUCUCCAACUCAGGCACCUCUGCCACCUCCUAGGAAAGAAAGCUUUCGGAAAGCAAGAGUAACUAAUCACGAGAACGAAAUUAAUCUCCAGGCAGUACCUGCUGGUCCAGCUAAACACCACCCCACAGAUACUGCCUAUUACACUAGUGAGACAUCUAUUCAGGAGGCAAUGGCUUCUCAAAUAUCUAACACAAGUGUGUCCUAUGCACAAAAAAUCAUUAAACCACUGACCUCAGUCUCCAGUGCAGACACAAGCACAGUAGCUGGCAUUAGCACUACUCUCCAUCAAGGCCAAAGGCAACAUUCUCAAAAACGUAAGAUAUCUACCCUGAAAUUAACCCAGGCACGUGAGCCAGCAUGUAGCAUUCCCUCUAAUUCACAGCAACAGCUCAAGCCUGUUGAAGAGCCAGUAUUUGCACAAAGGCCUGUGUCACCUGCCCAUAACCCCAUGCCUGAGAUACACACAGCCUCUCUUUCCGUUCAAAUAGUUCCCACCCCUGACAAUAAAGCAGAGCCUGAAAUCCAAGAUCAUCCACCUAGUAUUUCUCCAGACACUUCAAAGAUGUCUUCAAAGGAUUUGGGACAAAAGUCUACAGUUCUUCCUUCUUCACAGGCUGCAGAAUGCCAUGUGCUUGGAAACCAGAAAGUAACUGCCCCUGUGAUGGAGGUAAAUGCUUCACAGACACACAGACAAACAGCACCAGAAGCUUCUCCACUGCCUCUUCCUUCUCCUGUGGUACCAGUUAACAGAUCCUCUUUCUCACCAGACAGUGGCACCCACCUAGUACCAUAUUCUUUGCCAGCGCUCGAUGAUUUUUUGCUCUCACGCUUUUACAAAGCCCCAUCCCUCUCACAGCUCCCGUCCCAGUGCCCGUACCUAGCUCCCGGCAGUGUUGUCCGCAGGAACGAAGCAGCCUCUGUGAGCACAGACUCUGCCAUGAGCGAGUGCUCCUCCCGCACUGUGAGUGAGUCCUCCACAGCCAUCCUAGAUGAGCUGCAGACUUGUAGCUAUGAUACUACUGACUGCUCUGAAACACCUUCCCCAACCUUGAGCCAGAUGUCUGCUGUGUCAGAUGGCACCACCUUAACCAACACUGCUGCCACAUCUCAUGCUCAGAUCACAGUGAAUGGGAAUUCUGGCACUGCUGCCAGCCCAGUGAGUCACUUUCAAAGGCCUUUUUCCCCUUCUUCAGCUUACUCUCCACCAGCUUCACUCAAUUCCAACAUUGUUAUCAUGCAGCAUGGCAGGAUGAUGGAGUCCACAGAGACAUACUCACAACAUGUUCAGAAUGUUGGCAGCACCACCACCACCAGUACAAUACCAAUCUGUAGAACCUCAGAAGAAGAAAAAAAAAUUACAGUAAUUAAAGCUCCACAUUAUGCAGGGAUUGGCCCGGUAGAUGAAUCUGGAAUCCCUACAGCAAUUAGAACGACAGUUGACAGGCCAAAGGAUUGGUACAAGACGAUGUUCAAGCAAAUCCAUAUGGUUCAUAAGCCUGAUGACGACACAGACUUGUAUAAUACUGCAUAUGCAUACAAUACUGGUAGCUACAGUCCAUCCUUCUCUGCUCAGGCACACCCAGCUGCAAAGACACAGACAUACAGACCACUGUCCAAAAGUGCUUCUGACAGUAGCUCUGAUGCCUUUAAGGUCUCGUCCCCUUUGCCACCCCAUGUGCCUCCACCAGUACCACCACAUCGUAUGAGGCAACGGUCUACACCAGAAAAGAAUGACUGGGAUCCUCCUGACAGAAAGGUAGAUACUCGCAAGUUCCGUUCUGAACCAAGAAGUAUUUUUGAGUAUGAGCCGGGAAAGUCAUCGAUCCUUGAACACGAGAGACCGACUGAUCGCAUAAACCCAGAUGACAUAGAUUUAGAAAACGAACCCUGGUAUAAAUUCUUUUCAGAGCUGGAGUUUGGACGUCCGCCACCUAAAAAGCUUUUGGACUAUGUUCAAGACAGUUCUUCUGGUGUUUCCAAUGAGGCUUCCUUAUAUCAUCACUAUUCAACAGACAGAGGCUUGGACAGGCCCUCCAGUUCUGCAAGUACUGCGAGUGACUACAGAAAGCGAAGGAAGUCAGAACCUGCCGUAAGUCAUCAGAGGGCGCACAGUGAUCAGAACGCCAACAGAGCUAACCUGGGCCGUACAGACACACAGGGCCCAUGCACCACCCUUAGGAAGCCUUUAACUAGUUCAUCUCCUUCUUCUCCAUCAAGAGCAAAAGGUGGGGAUAUAAGCAAAGUAUAUCCAUCCCUUUUAAGUUACUCAGUGCACAACCACAACACCUCAAAUGAAUUAGAUUACUGUAGCACUUACAGACAACAUUUAGCUGUUCCAAAUGAUUCAAGAAGGGCAACCAGCUACAAGAAUGGCUGGCAAAUGACUCGCCAAAAUGCAGAAGUCUGGAGUAGCACAGAGGAAGCUGCCUCUCCAAAGAGGAAGUCUCGUAGCUGUGAUGACCUGCUAACAGAUGAUCGCGAUAGCUAUCCCGAUCCACAGGCCAAGGCUGAAAGCAUGGGCUCUCUGCUAUGUGAGGAGGACUCCAAAGAAAUUUGCUCAAUGAACUGGAACUCCCCAUAUGUUGAAGGCCGUGGUAGUGGUAGGUCAAGAGUUCGUCACAGAUCUGCACACGAUGCUCCAGGUUUCCUGAAGAUGUACAAAAAGAUGCAUCGCAUCAAUCGCAAGGACUUGAUGAAUUCUGAGGUGAUUUGUUCUGUUAAGUCCAGAAUACUGCAAUAUGAAAAAGAACAGCACAAAGGUAUUCUUCAAGGCUGGAGAGAGUCUUCUACUGAGGAGGUGCCCAGAGACAUGGUGCCAACCAGAAUAUCUGAAUUUGAGAAGUUAAUUCAGAAGUCAAAAUCAAUGCCGAACCUUGGUGAUGACAUGUUGUCAACUGUUACAUUAGAGCCUCCUAAAAAUGGCUUGUGUCCAAAGAGGAGAUUUUCUAUCGAAUCCCUGCUGGAAGAAGAAACUCCAGUCAGACAUCCCUCUCAGGUACAACGGAGCUACAAGUCUAAAGCCCUGGUGCCAAUUCAUAUUGAAGUGACCAGUGAUGAGCCACAACGAUCACAUAUAGAUUUUUCAGACAGCGAUCAAGACGGAGUGGUUUCUGAUCUCAGUGACUUUAUCCAGAUAGAAGGUUCAUCCUUUUGUAGUGAAAGUGACUUUGAUCACUUUUCUUUCACAUCAUCUGAAAGCUUUUAUGGAUCAGGCCAUCACCACCACCACCAUCACCACCAUCACAGGCAUCUCAUCAGCUCCUGCAAAGGGCGAUGCCCAGCAUCCUACACCCGCUUCACCACCAUGCUAAAACAUGAAAGGGCUAAGCAAGAAACCACUGAAGAUCCAAGGAGACAGGAAGCAGAAUCUGGCUUGUCUAAGAUAGCAUUCCUCGUCAGUCCAGUGCCUUUCCGGAGGAAAAAAAGUGCAGCUCCUAAAAAACAAACUGAAAAGAAAAAAUGCAAGUCAUCUGUAUUUGAAGCACUAGAUUCUGCACUUAAAGACAUCUGUGACCAAAUUAAAGCUGAAAAAAGGCGGGGAAGCUUGCCCGACAACAGUAUAUUACACAGACUGAUUACUGAGCUGCUUCCAGACAUUCCAGAAAGGAAUUCAUCUCUUAAAGCUCUGAAAAAGAGUCCCACGCACCAGCCUUUUCAUCCACUGCCUCAAGAUGGUGCUAUCCAUUGUCCACUGUACCAGAAUGAUUGUGGAAGAUUACCUCUUAGUGCCUCUUUUCCAGACAUGGAUGCAACUAACAACAAUGAUAGUGCACUGUGUUUCCAAGACCAGGAGUCUCCUGGAAGCUAUUCUUCUGCUUUCAUUGAUGUGGGACGAUGUACUCCAAGGGAGAGAAGAGGAACUACAGACAAAGAGAAACUGCCAGCUAGAGCUGUAUAUGACUUUAAAGCUCAAACAUCUAAAGAGCUGUCCUUUAAGAAAGGAGAUACUGUCUAUAUCCUCAGGAAAAUUGAUCAAAACUGGUAUGAGGGUGAGCACCAUGGAAGAGUUGGAAUAUUCCCAAUUUCUUAUGUUGAGAAACUUUCUCCCCCAGAAAAAGCACAGCCUGCCAGGCCACCUCCCCCUGCACAGAUUGGAGAGAUUGGAGAAGCUGUUGCCAAAUACAAUUUUAGUGCAGACACAAAUGUGGAGUUAUCACUUAGAAAGGGAGACAGAGUAAUUCUUCUUAAGCGAGUUGAUCAAAACUGGUAUGAAGGUAAAAUACCAGGAACCAACAAACAAGGCAUCUUCCCUGUUUCCUAUGUAGAAGUCAUCAAAAAGAAUCCAUCAAAAAGUGUUGAUGACUAUCCUGACCCUCCAAUACCCCAAAGCUAUUCUAGUGACAGAAUACAUCAAUUAAGUUCCACUAAGCCACAGCGCCCUGUGCUUUCUCAUGAAAAUAUACACAGUGGGGGGGAACCGUUUCAGGCUCUAUAUAACUAUACUCCUAGGAAUGAAGAUGAAUUGGAGCUCAGAGAGGGAGAUGUCAUUGAUGUGAUGGAAAAAUGUGAUGAUGGAUGGUUUGUGGGAACCUCAAGAAGAUCCAAAUUCUUUGGUACUUUCCCUGGAAACUAUGUCAAGAGGCUGUGA